AUGCAGCACAUCGAUGAGCCGCCGCCUAGGUUUCUUUCGCAGAAUAAUGCUCCACCACCUCCCGAUCCUGUUACCCAAUUGGUUGAGGCUCACCGCACUUCCAACAUCAUUCAAAGAAACCAGGACCUGACUAAUGUGGAAAGCACCAUUGAAUCUCUUAAAAGGAGUAGCAAAGAGAAAGAAGAGAUUAAGCUCGCGGGUAUAGCCCAACAAUGGUUCCCACCCUCCAUUGAUGACCUCGAUUUUAACCAGCUUCAAGACUGGUUAGGGAAAUAUGCUCAUUUCAAAAACAUUGUUGACAACGAAUUGCAGAGGGCUUCAAAUCCAGGGAAUCAAUACUUCCCUACUCAUGCUGGGACAGACCCGAGUUUCCCUGUACCCGGCGACGCAAAUUUAGGCUUUCCAGGUUUAGUCACUACUGGUUUUGCCGCACCCAACUAUGGAACUAUAGCCCCAGUUACUGUCCAUGGAUCAACAGUUCCUGCAGCUUCGUUUGGUGGUGAUGGGAUUAAUACCUUUGGAACUAGCGUAUUCCCAACUCCAACUCAUUAUGUGGCCAGUGGCUCUAAUGACAUGGUCCUAUAUGAUUCGAGCAACCCUAGUAAUUAUUUGGUUCCAGCCGGAGCUAGUGGGGGAAGUGGCCUUAAUGCUCCGGUUGCUCCGUAUGUUCCAAUGGGUAUGGGUUCAAUAUUCCCAACUUAUGGGAUGGAUAGUAGCUCCAGAGUCACGCCACUGCCAAUGUUUGAUCCAAGAAACCCUAGUCCAGGUGAAGGUAGCUCCAGAGUCCCGGCACUGCCAGUGUUUGAUCCAAGAAACCUCAGUCUAGGUGAAGGUAGCUCCAGAGUUACGGCACUGCCAAUGUUUGAUCCAAUAAACCCCAGUCCAGGUGAAGGUAGUUCUAGAGUCAUGACACUGCCAGUGUUUGAUCCAAGAAAUCCUAGUCCUGGUGAAGGUAGCUCCAGAGCCACGGCACUGCCAGUAUUUGAUCCAAGAAACCCUAGUACAGGUGAAGGUAGUGGGGCUAGUGGCUCUAAUGCUGCUGCACCGCCGACUUACGGUUCCAGGGAUAUGUGA